GGCUGCACCGAUGGCAUUAUGAUGCACUUCUUCGGAUCGUCGAAGACAAACCUGUUAUGUCUUUAUUGUCUAGCUGUGUUUAUACUUCUCGUAGAAUACUGGAAUUUCACGAGUGAUCCAUCCCCAAGUCCACUGUCCCAUUCACCAUCAUUCCUUUAUCACAACUAUUGCGUUCUCUACAACUUCGUUACUCCCAAAACGACAGAUUUUGAAAGAAUUGGACAAAUAUUACACGUUAGCGCUGACCAACUCGACAGCAGAAUUAUCGAGCAGGUGGCAAACUGGAAUGCUCCAGUGUCGCUGAGUGUUGUAUUGCGUAGCUUGCAGGAGUACCACUGUACCGCGGAAUAUCUCCGACUCAUUCAUCGCGAAUCUCCAGUCAUAGCACGAAAUCUUCGUGCGCAUAUCAUCUUCCCUUCUGUCUUCUCGCCUAACUGCACGAUACCAUCUGUAUUGAAAAGGGCAAGGAAAAAUUGCAAAUAUGUGGAGUCUACCAUAGAGCAGAUAGCGCUCUACCCUGCCAACAUAGCCAGAAAUGUGGCUAGAAUGUUUUCCGCAACGAAGUACAUCAUCAUCACCGAUUAUGAACACCUCUUCAGCGAAGGGUUCGAGUUCACCGUUAGGAGUGUGGCUGACGAGCGACUUGCGCAAAAACCGGAGACUAUGCUUGUGUACAGAAUAUUUGAAAUAAAUGAAUCGUCGAACAUGCCGCGAAACAAAGUUGAACUGAAAAAACUGUAUAAUAAAGGAGCGGCGGUAGUAUUCCAUGCAAUUUACUAUCCAGGCGCACACGACAUCGAAGGACUUCCCGAAUGGUUCGCCAAGAAAAACUCAUCCGAUGGAUUAUUUGUGAAAGAUCAGAAAUAUGAGCGAUUCAACUGGGAACCACAAUUUGUGUCACACUGGCGAAUCCCAUUUCACGACGAAACUUUUCCCUUUCGAUUACGCGACAAUACAGUACUGAGAUGGGAAAUGUGCAGAGCAGGAUAUACCAUAGACAUUCUUGAUGAUGUCUUUAUGUACCACAAAGGGAUCAAAGGGAAAACUAGUGGAGCGAAAACUCGAGCCAUUCAAAGACAGAAUUCGAAGAAAUUCAGUGAUGCACUUGCAAACUUCAUCAAGCGAAUGGAUGCCGUAUAUCCAAAAACAAAGGAACAAUGUCCAAAGCCUCGAAAAUGACUACAGAAGCACAAUCAGCUGAGAAUGGAAACGUCGGAGAGCAUGCAGAAGGCAAUAGUUCUGAAGUGGAGCGCAGUUUGGAAGCGUCGUUAAUCGAUGUUAACUGCGAUGGUUAAGAGUUAGGUGAUAACAUGC